UGAUAGCAGCUCUCCCUAAAUUCCUUCCUGCUGGGGCUGGGGCCCUGCCACCAGCUUUAUUCAGAAAUCACACAGCUCUGAGCAGGAAAGGACUGGAGCAGAAAACCCUGCAAGAUUGCCUUCUCCUUCCUAGCUCCUCUUCCCUCCUUCCGUCUAGAUUCUUCCUAGGACAACCCCCACCCAGCACAACUCCCUUCUUUCCUUCUGGAGCAAUCCGGGCAUGGAACCAGUUUUGGAGAACCUCAGAGGUAAUUGUCUCUGCCUGAGGGCUGGACCCGUUCCGUGGGAGGGUUAACUUGCCAGGAGGACCACUGACAUCUGCCUGAUCACAGUCACCCUUUGCUUCCUGGAGCAGGUUAUUCCACUGAUCAGCAACAUGACACAGCCUGCCCUGUCCCUUCACACCGCAUUACCUACACCUUUCACCUCUGCUGUGCCAUACCAUAAGAGUUGGAACAUCUUAUCUAAACCAGGUGCCAUGAACAUAGAAAAAGCCUUGGAAGAAAGGAAGUUGGUGAAGGUGGUCUCUGCAGUCAGAGAGACCCUGAAGACAGCUUCCAGUGCCCCAGUGAGCAUUGCAGUGACUGGGAACUCUGGCAAUGGCAUGUCUUCUUUCAUCAAUGCACUGCGGGGAAUUGGGCAUGGGGAAAAGGACGCAGCUCCCACGGGUGUAGUGAGAACCACCCAGAUUCCCAUUCACUACUCUUUCUCCCACUUUCCCAAUGUAGAGCUAUGGGACCUGCCUGGCACAGGGGCUACCACCCAAAGCCUAGAGACCUAUCUGGAGGAGAUGCAGUUUAGCAAGUAUGAUCUCUUCAUCAUCAUUGCAUCUGAACAGUUCAGCAUGAAUCUUGUGAAGCUUGCCAAAGUCAUCCAGGGACAGGGAAAGAAGUUCUACAUCGUCUGGACCAAGCUGGACAGAGACCUGAGUACACAUGUGGUCUCAAAGGAACAACUCCUACAGAAUAUCCAGGAGAAUAUUCGGGUAAUUCUCCAGAAUGAGGGAAUGUGUGAACCCAUCAUAUUCCUGGUCUCCAGCUUUGAUCCCUCAUUGCAUGACUUCCCAGAGCUUAGGAAAACCUUGCACAGAGACGUGUGUGAGAUCCGGUACCAUGCUCUCCUAGAGAAUCUGUCUGACACCUGUGAGAAGGUCAUUAAUGACAAAGCAAUCACUUUGCAGAGGCAAAUGGGCUCAGAGUCUUUCCAGGACACCUUUGGCAUCCAGAAUGCAGAUCAUCUUGGGAAGUGUUUGAACGUCUACCACUCGCUCUUUGGUGUGGAUGAUGAAUCUCUCCAGGAGGUGGCCCAGAGUAUGGGAAAACCCAUGGAGGAGUACAAAACCAUUAUGAAGUCUCAGGAUCUGCACACUGUCCUCACAGGGGACUGGGCAUUAUCGUGGAUGAAUUGUAAUACAGCCUCUUACUUAUAUUCAGUUCUGAGCUACAUCCCAAUCUUAGGUAACACUAGUAUCCACUACCUUAGAGGGUGGAAUCAGAGGCGCCUCCUUGACAUAGUUGUUGAGGACACCAAGACCAUACUGAAGAAAAUUCUGAAAGAUGCCAUCACCUGAAGAGUGAGGUCUCAGCAGGCUCCUUCUUGGGGAAAGUCAGGAUAUCUGGGGUCCUCUCCUCACACUGUACCCUUCAGAAUUCUCAGUCAGCUCAAUAUUUCCACUUUUGUCGGUUCUAAGUUUCUUGAGGUAAAUAAGCUGACUAGAUCAUUUUGAACCCACAUCUCAGCAAAUUUCCAAAUAUGUCCUACUUCUCAUUUAUUAAGUGAGCUGGGAUCCAAAGAUGGAAGAAAAGAUUGCAUAGUGUGACAUAGUCUCAUUCUGACAUCCCCACAUCACUUAAUGUUAGCAUCAUUUUUCCAAGACCUCUUGGUUUUCUCCUGUUCCUUCACUUCUCACCUCUCAGUCCAUGGAUUCACAGAAGCACACCUGGAGGCAGAGGAGAGAACAUCCUUUGGGAUGUUCCCUUUGGGGAAAUAUGAUAGAGAGUGUGUGUUAACUGUUCUCUGAAAAGUAUUGUGUAGUGGUGCCAGGAUCCAAGGCCAGUCUGGCGUCCUGUAAAGCUCUGUCCUUAUAUCUGUUCUCAGCAAUUGCCCAAAUCAUUUAUAUACAAAAAAGGACACAGGGGUGGACUCAAGGACCAUUUUACUGGGUUUGGGAAAUUGUUGAAUGGAAAAGCAAACCUGGCUAUUAUAAGUACCAAACACUGAUCCCCCACA